CUUGCCUGUCCGACGCAUCUUCUUCCUGACAAUGAGCCUCAAGCGCACGCUGCUGGCGCUGGCGCCGUACGGGGCGCCCUUGGGUCUCGCCAUCAUCCUCGGCGUUGGCCUCGGCCUCGGCUUUGCACUCGACGCCAACGCCAACGUGCCCUCGCCGUACAACCGCAUCUCGUCGGUCAUUGGCUGGAUGUACUUUGCGUCCUGGAGCCUGACGUUUUGGCCGCAGAUUUUCGUCAACUGGCGCCGGCAGAGCGUCGUGGGCAUGGCCAUCGACUUUCAGGUCUACAACGUCCCGGGCUUUGUGGGCUACGCGAUCUACAAUGCAUGCUUUUAUUGGAACACCAGUGUCCAAGACGACUACAAGGCGCUGCACGGCGGCCACCAAAACAACGUGCAGAUCAACGACGUUUUCUUCGCGAUUCACGCGCUCGCGGCGACGCUCAUCACACUCUACCAGUGCGCAGUGUACGACCGCGGCACCCAAGGCGUCUCGACGACCUGCUGGGUGCUCACCUCCGUCUCGAUCGGUGUCUGCGCUGUCUUUUACGCGCUCGUCGUCGUGUUUCCGCACUCGGAGUACUUUACGCUGCUCAACUUUCUCUACUUGCUCAGCUACAUCAAGCUCGGCGUGACCUUGAUCAAGUACACGCCCCAAGUGUACCUCAACUACACGCGCGAGUCGACGGACGGCUACUCGAUCUGGGGCGUGCUCUACGAUGUACUCGGCGGCCUACUCUCGAUCGGACAGACGCUCAUGGACAGCGCGACGACCGACGACUGGAGCGCGAUCACGGGCAACCCGGUCAAGUUUGCGCUGGGGCUCGUGGUGGUAUUUUACGACCUUGUCUUUAUGACGCAGCACUAUGUGCUCUAUCCGUGCGGUGACGCGGUCGACGAGAUGGUGUCGCUCAUGAAGCGACAUCGCAAAAGCUCGCUCUCGGCCGUCCAAGAGACGACCUUUUUGAUCCAUGUCUAGACCAUUUUGACCAUAUUAUUAUCUUAUUAUUUCCGCAACUACAAUUUUUGAUUCCUGCUCAC